CACAACAGAGCAACCAAAUACUUCGGUCAAUACAAGCAAGUCGAAAAAGAAACGCAACCCACGUACCGUUUACUCAAAUUACCAACUUCAGGAGCUGCAUAUGUAUUUUAAGAAAGUACAAUACCUAGCUUUGCCGGAAAGGGCAAGACUAGCUGCUGCUCUAGGACUUACACAGACACAGGUUAAAGUCUGGUUCCAAAACCGACGAUCUAAGAUUAAGAAGUUGUUGAAGUCUGGAGUUGUUCAAGAUUUGGACGAGAUUGGAAUUCAGUCAGUCAUUGAUAAUCAAGCUCCAGAUUUUGAUGGUGAACCACCCGUGGAGUCAGUGAAGCGUGCAAGGAGUUACGAUGAUCACGUGGACGCUGAAUCCCUGCAAUGGAACGCGCCGAAGCAACACUGCCCGUCUAACGAAGGACCUGAUAUACACGGGACAAGGAACUGUACAUUAUCCAUCAUUACCAACGAACCAUCAAGGAAGCGAAAUCCAACGUUUUCCCCAAGAUCUCACCAACCAAAUGAUGAACUACCAACUCUACCAGCAGUCCAACUCUUUCCAAGGAAUGAACAGCAACCUUCCUUUUGGAGUCAAUUACGAUCCGAACGAAUAUGAUCACGGUGUUAUGAAGUCCAACGCGUAUCCUUCUCUAGCGCCCACAAGCGACGCAAACCAAAGCUACCAACAGCCGCCAUACCGCGCUGCAGACCUCGACUGUACAGAAGGUCAAUACGGUCACCCUAACUCAACCGACACAUACAUGCCAACAACCUCGCACCAAAUGCACCAAACGCACACUGUUGACACACCCAAUACAUUUAAUUCGUAUAAAAACAACUUUUGGUAACUUAUACACCGUUUUGCACUUUAUGAGUUUUUUUUUUUUUUUUUUUUUUUCAGCACCGCACGAUCACUAUAUAACAUAUUGUAGCUAAUGAGAUCUCAUUAUAAAUUUAUAUAAUCUCACGAAAACAAGGUUGGAAUUCACAAUAUGCUGCACAUUAUAUUGUAUGUUUUGUCUGUGAAAUAGCAGCCAAUAUAUUUUGCCUUUAUCUGCAACAUUCACUGUUUGUCAUUAUCAAUCACCAAACCGAAUAAACGUAUUUAUUGCCGUGA